AUGUCUGCAGAUAACCAGCUCGAGCCCAAUGCCUCUUUGUCCACCAACCACUCCGACAGCACUCCCCUAAACCAGAAGGAGUAUGCCACCGAGUCGUACAACGGCAGUGGUGAGCCACAAGCCUUCACAGGCGACGUCUUGGAGAAGUCUGCUGUCGAUGGCGAGCCUGUGCCGGAAGGAGGCGACGAAUUGUCCCAGUACGAGUCGGAAUACGAAGCUUCCAGGACCUUGAGCAGAAGAAUCACAGGAGCCGACCAGUUGAUCGAACGUGCCAACGCCACAGACGAGCCCUUGCCCACAAUGGGAGGCGAUAAGCCAUUCCCCCCUGCAUUGCCUGACAGGGCUCCCUAUGCCGUGAGCUUUGACGGUCCAGACGACCCCACUCAUCCACAGAACUACUCCCCGUUCAGGAAGGCCUUGUACACGUUCUGUGUGGCUUACAAUGCAUUGUGUCUCACUGUGGGAUCUGCCAUGUUCUCGCAGGCGGCUCCUGCCAUCGAGAAGAUCUUCCACAUCGGACCAGCAACUGCCACUCUUGGUACGUCGUUGUACGUUAUGGGGUUCGCUUCUGGGCCCAUCAUGUUCGGACCAUUGUCUGAGUUGUAUGGAAGAAAGAGCCCUCUUCUUGUGGGUGCCGUUGGUUUUACUCUCUUCAGCUUUGCCGUGGCCACCGCCAAAGACAUUCAGACCAUCAUGAUCUGUCGAUUCUUCACUGGGUUCAUCGGUUCGGCUCCAUUGGUGGUCGCUCCUGCCGUCAUGGCCGACUUGUACUCCACCAAAGCCAGAGGAAAGGCCAUUUCCAUCUUCGCGAUGAUGGUCUUUGGAGGUCCCAUGUUGGCACCCAUCAUGGGAGCGUUUACCGCCAAGAACGAAAGCCUUGGCUGGAGAUGGAACUCGUACUUCUGUGGUAUCAUCGGCGCAGCUGCAAUCUUGAUGAAUAUUUUCGUGUUGCCAGAAACCCAUCACCAGUUGAUCUUGGUCAAAAAGGCGGAAAUCUUGAGAAGAAGAACCGGAAACUGGGGUAUUUUUGCUCCCCAUGAAGAGUUGUCAAUGUCCAUGAAAGAGAUCGUCGAAAACAACAUCUCUAGACCGAUUAUCAUGUUGGCUACAGAGCCCAUUUUGCUCUUCGUGUCCAUCUACAAUGCAUUUAUUUACGGAAUGCUUUACUUGUUCUUGACUGCCAUCCCCAUGGUGUUUGCAGGAAAGUACCAUUUCGCUGUUGGAGUUGCUGAAUUGCCUUAUCUUUCCAUGCUUAUUGGUAUCCUCAUUGGUGUUGCCGUUAUCAUCUACUUCGAGCACAGAUACUCGCUUGCCAUGGAUGCCAACAACGGAAAGCCCGUCCCAGAAGAGAGAUUGAUUCCUAUGAUGAUUGGUGGAGUUUUCUUCACUAUUGGCUUGUUCUGGUUCGGAUGGACUGGAAACUAUGCCCAGCAUAUACACUGGAUUGUUCCCACCAUCGGAGUAGCCUUCAUUGGCUUUGGCUUGAUUUUGGUCUUUUUGCCUUGCUUGACCUACAUCAUUGAUUGUUACCUCGCCUUGGCCGCCUCUGCGUUAGCUGGUAACACCUUCAUUAGAUCGGCUUUUGCUGCUGCAUUUCCUUUAUUCGCUAGACAAAUGUUCACGGCCAUGCACAUCAACUGGGGAUCUUUGUUGGUGGGUCUUGUGUCGUUGGUGUUGAUACCCGUUCCAUUCUUGUUCUACAGGUAUGGUAAAGCCUUCAGAGAAAGAUCGAAGUAUGCUUUCGUUUUGUAG